AUGGCGACAAGCAUUUCUCGAAGCAGGGCGUUGGCCUCAGCUCUACGACCCGCAAAGCCCUCCGUCCAGCUCCGUAACGAGCAAGCAAUCCGUUGCUUGUCCAGCACUGCCCGUCAAUAUGUCGCAAUGCCGAAGGAGUCUCCCAACCUGCGAAAGGCCCCUCGAGAUCACCCCAGCGUCCUGAAGGCCCCGAUCGUCAACCCUGCCGACAAAUACCAGAGCAAGUCCGACAACAUGCACCGGUAUGGUGCCUGGUUGAUGGGUGUUCUGCCCAAGUACAUCCAGCAGUUCUCCGUCUGGAAGGACGAACUCACCAUUUAUAUCUCUCCCUCGGGUGUCUACCCUGUCUUCAGCUUCUUGAAAUACAACACUGCCGCUGAGUUCACCCAGGUUAGCACUAUCACUGCUGCGGAUUACCCCACGCGCGAGAACCGUUUCGAAAUCGUCUACAAUCUUCUUUCGGUCCGUCACAACUCUCGAAUCCGUGUCAAGACCUACGCCGAUGAGGCUUCUCCUGUCCCCAGUGUUACCGGACUUUUUGAUGGUGCCAACUGGUACGAACGAGAGGUGUACGACCUUUUCGGUGUCUUCUUUGCCGGUCACCCCGAUCUCCGACGAAUCAUGACGGAUUAUGGUUUCGAGGGUCACCCUCUGCGAAAGGACUUCCCCUUGACUGGUUACACUGAGAUCCGAUACGAUGAGGAGAAGAAGCGUAUCGUCACCGAGCCUCUGGAGCUCACCCAGGCGUUCCGUAACUUUGAGGGUGGUUCCAGUGCGUGGGAGCCCGUUGGAGCCGGACAGGACCGCACACCCGAGUCUUUCAAGCUGCCAACGCCCAAGCCUGAGGAGAAGAAGGAGGAGCCGAAGAAAUAA